AUGUACUUGUGUAUGUAGAUUAAGGAGGUAGUGACUAAGGAUGGAUGAAGAUGGAGAUAUGGAUUUGUUUUUCUCCAAUUGGAACAACAAGAAUCCGACUGAUUGCCUAUUUAUUGUAUCUUGCCUUGUUGCUGCCCUAGUCGGGAUUUUGACUAUAGCCUAUUCUGCCUUCCAAUGGAGGAGAAAUAUCAAUCUAAGUUGGAUGAAAGCCAUAGCCAGGUCAAAGAAAAAUCCAAAAGCACGUCACAAAGUUCCUGUAGCUCCUCAUACUUGGGUUUUAGAAUCUGUAUCUCGUGGAAAGAACUUUAAUUGCUGUGUUUGUUUCAAUACCACUGGCCCUUCUCAAACCCUCGGGCCUCUGUCAGCUUCAGACAGUUUUCUGCACCGUUGCAGUAUUUGUGAUGCAGCGGCUCAUCUAGGAUGCUCUUCUAGUGCACAAAAGGACUGCAAGUGUGUAUCCAUGAUUGGUUAUGAGCGUGUAAUGCACCAAUGGGCUGUCCGUUGGACUGAGGUUUCAGACCAACCCGAUGAGACUUCUUUCUGCAGCUAUUGUGAAGAGCCCUGUAGUGGUUCCUUUCUUAGCGGAUCCCCAAUAUGGUGCUGCCUGUGGUGUCAACGACUGGUACAUGUUGAUUGCCACAGUAGCAUGUCCAAUGAAACUGGUGAUGUGUGUGAUUUAGGUCCGUUCAGAAGGUUGAUUCUAUCACCCCUUCAUGUUAAGGAAUUGAACCAGACUCCGUCAGGUGGAUUUUUGAGCUCAAUUACUCAUGGAGCCAAUGAGAUAGCAUCUACAGUGCGUGCAAGUAUUAGAAGUCAGAGCAAGAAGUACAAGCAUGGAAAUACAAUCUCUACUGGGACUGGAAAUAGUGGCAGUACUGGGGAUAUGUCUACCGAAAGCACAGCUGAUACUAAUCAAGCUGUUAAUGGUUCUCAUGAAAUGGAGGAAAAUUGCAACGGUGUUGUGGAUGUGGAUUUGCAGCACCGAGAUACUGAUGUAGAUAACAAAUUGGAUUCUAAGCCCAGUAUCCAAAAGAGCUCAUCUAUGAAUAAGAAGGAAGAGUCUCUACGGAUGAAACAAAGAUAUGAGUUAAUUGAUUUGUCGUCUGAUGCAAGACCCUUGUUGGUUUUCAUCAACAAGAAGAGUGGAGCUCAGCGUGGGAAUUCCCUGAGACAACGUUUGAACAUUCUUCUCAACCCCAUCCAGGUAUUUGAACUGAGUUCAGCACAGGGGCCAGAGGUGGGUCUGUACUUAUUCAGAAAGGUGCCACACUUCAGAGUUCUUGUUUGUGGGGGAGAUGGUACAGUUGGCUGGGUUCUGGAUGCCAUCGAGAAGCAAAAUUUUGUCUCUCCUCCUCCAGUUGCUAUUCUUCCUGCUGGAACAGGGAAUGAUCUGGCUAGAGUUUUAUCGUGGGGAGGUGGUUUGGGUUCAGUGGAGAGACAGGGAGGCCUUUGCACUGUUUUGCACCACAUAGAGCAUGCAGCUGUAACCAUUCUUGACCGGUGGAAAGUAGCAAUUUUAAGUCAACAGGGAAAGCAACUUCAACCGCCAAAAUUUAUGAACAAUUACCUUGGAAUCGGAUGUGAUGCUAAGGUUGCUCUGGACAUUCAUAAUCUUCGUGAGGAGAACCCAGAGAAGUUCUAUAAUCAGUUCAUGAAUAAAGUCCUUUAUGCAAGAGAAGGGGCCAAGGGUAUAAUGGAUAGAACAUUUGUAGACUUUCCUUGGCAAGUUCGGGUUGAAGUAGAUGGUGUUGAGAUAGAGGUCCCUGAGGAUGCAGAAGGUGUACUUGUUGCUAAUAUUGGAAGCUACAUGGGUGGCGUAGAUUUGUGGCAAAAUGAAGAUGAAACGUAUGAUAAUUUUGAUCCGCAAUCCAUGCAUGACAAAAUUCUUGAGGUUGUGAGCAUAUCUGGAACAUGGCACCUUGGGAAACUACAGGUUGGGCUUUCUCGUGCUCGCAGACUUGCGCAGGGCCAGUCAAUUAGGAUACAGCUUUUUGCGGCAUUUCCUGUUCAGAUUGAUGGGGAACCUUGGUUUCAGCAACCUUGUACAUUAUCGAUAUCUCAUCAUGGCCAGGCAUUCAUGUUGAAGAGGGCUGCUGAGGAGCCACUUGGUCAUGCAGCUGCCAUUAUCACCGAUGUCCUUGAGAAUGCUGAAACAACCCAUGUAAUCAACGCUUCACAGAAGCGAGCUCUUCUUCAAGAAAUGGCUCUCAAACUGACAUAGCAGUGGUCCAUAGGUACUUAAAUUAGUAAUCAAAGUUUUGAUUGUAUCUACUAUCUCCUUUUCUUUUUAGAAUUAUUCACAUGUUGUAUACCACCAUAUCACCUCAUGUAUCUUUUGUUUUGUGAUCUAAAACAUGAUGCUUCUACCUGAAAGUGCGAUUGUAUAUGAACCUUGUUUACCAUCAAUGAAAGAGAGAUUUUUCCAUA